UGUCUACUAUCUUCUUCACAAAGAGAAGGAGGUAAGGAAAUGGGGGGCCAUUCGCCAUGCGCGUCGUGCAAGUUGCUGCGGCGUCGGUGCGCGAGGGACUGUAUCUUCGCUCCUUACUUCCCUUCCGAGGACCCCCACAAGUUCGCCAUCGUUCACAAGGUCUUCGGUGCUAGCAACAUUAGCAAGAUGCUGCAGGAGCUUCCGGCUCAUCAGAGAGCCGACGCGGUGAGCAGCCUGGUGUAUGAAGCAAGCGCGAGGGUCCGAGACCCGGUCUAUGGAUGCGUGGGGGCCAUCUCCUACUUGCAGAACCAGGUGUCCCAGCUGCAGAUGCAGCUCGCGGUGGCUCAAGCGGAGGUCCUGUGCAUCCAAAUGCAGCAAGACUCGUCGGCGAUGCAGCUCCCCCGCAUGGUGGACGUCCCCAGCGACGACGACAAGCCGUCGUCCCCGCCGUUCCUUCUGCCGAACAACCUCGCCCACUUCCUUAACUUGUCCCCGGCCUCCUAAGGCAAUGUAACCCAUGAUCACUCUCUCGAGAGCGAGGAAGCAUUCUUGGGCAUGGCGUGGUCUCUUAGCAUGUGAUAUCGAGAUAUUAAAUAUGAAGAAGAAUGAAGUAUUUCUUUACUG